CGCUGGUGUUUCUCAGGAUUGCAGGAUUUUAGGUCAAACAGAAGCCCCAGGGAGUGCCUGGAAAAGCCAACCACAGUUGCACUGUGUGUGCUGAGGGCAUCAUCGCCCUGCCGCUGUGAGCAGAGGAGGCUGCUGGGCCCGGCCUGUCUGGAGAGCUUGGCUCGGAGGGUGGCCAAAGGCAGAAGGCUGCUUCACCACAGAGGCUGGAACAGCGCCCCUCCACGAGCUGCCAUUGGCAUCCUCGGGCAGAGCAGCAUGGACGAGGCACCGGAGCCCCUGGCCAUGACCAUCCACCUGCUCGCCAACGCCGGCCACGGCGCACUCCUGCAGCAGACGCUGGACCAGCUCCUGCGCUGCAUCUGCCCUCAGGUCCGUCUCUUCCUGGUGUCCGAGAGGGUCAGUCCGGCGAGGUACUACGACAAGUGCCAGCCCCGGCGCUCACGGUUCCCGGGGAUGUCUGUGUUGCUCUUCCUGCAGGAGAGCCUGGGUGAGCAGCGGCUGCUGCGUGUCCUCGACUCCCUCCAGCACUGGCCCUGGCAGGGCUACCCCGCCCAGCAGGCGCCGGCCAGACCGUGCCCCUACAUACUUGCCAACCAGGACUUCUACAGUCUGGACAGCCAGAUGCCCGUCUGGGGGGUGAGGCAGGUGCACUGCGGCACGGAGAUCCUGAGGGUGACGCUCUACUGCAGCUUUGACAACUACGAGGACGCCAUCAGGCUCUACGAGAUGAUCCUGCAGAGAGAAGCCACCUUGCAAAAGAGUAGCUUCUGCUUCUUUGUGCUCUAUGCCACCGAGGGCUUUGCUCUGCAGCUCUCCCUGAAGCAGCUGCCCCUCGGGGUGUCGGUGGACCCCAAGGAGUCUUCGGUGUUGCAGUUCAGAGUUCAAGAGAUUGGGCAGCUGGUGCCUCUCCUACCCCAUCCGUGUGUACCCAUCAGCCACACCAGGUGGCAGACGCAGGACUACGAUGGCAACAAGAUUCUGCUUCAGGUCCAGUUGAGUCCAGGCCUUGGUGUUAGAAAUGGCGAGCUUUCCCAUAUGAAUGGCACCACGAGAGCUGACACGCUUCCCCAGGGCUCCAGGCUGAACCCAGUCUCGGCAGGGAGGACCCUCGAGCCAAGAAGCCGAAGGAGCCGGGGCAGGAGGUUCAAGGCGGGUUCUGUAGAGCUCCCCGAGACCGGUGGGUGCCCAGCGUUAGCAGCUUCUAAGAACACGUCAUGGAAAAGCCCUGGCUGCUCACCCCAGGCCUUGACCCAGCUGCAUCUGCCUUCUCCCCCGCUGGAAAGUGGAGUCAAAAUGAAGGUCCUCCACAGGGAAAACAGCUUCGAGAGACUGGAGGCAGAGACAAAUGUGGACACGGGGUUCACAGUAGUCAAUUCUGAGCCGGUGCAAUCUUUCCUGAGCCGAUUUCCCAGGGGUCUUUGCGCCAACCAGCCGCCAUCUUACACGUCAGCUUCCUCCCUAGGGGCAGCUGCCUCCCAGCAUGAUGGCAGCAUUAAGGAAAGGGCCCAUAUUUUGUCACUUGCUCGCCAGAGGGAGCUGGGUCCAAGGAAGAUCACCUCCAAAUGCCCCCUUCAUCAGCCAGUCCAGAGCGAAGAAAAAGAAGAAGAGGAAUUCUUUAUAUAGCAUCAAACCAGUGUGGUUUCCUGAAACACAAGAUCACAUACAUGUUCUAGACAUGGAGCCUUGGUCCAGAAGCAGACCGUUUCUUAUUUAUUUAAGGGGGGGUCUGCCUGAAUACUAGCCACGAACAGAUCUGUAUUGCUUUUAUUUCAAAUGUUCACGUCUAAUGGUGCUGGGAGUGCGUGUUUAUUUGUCUUCGUGGCCAUAAGGGAACGCAAAUAAUGCACAGGGAAGAAGCCCAGCGCCUCCUGUCCUUGGAGACACACUAACUCAGCUGGGCAGGUUGAGUUCAGCACCUAUCUGGAUAAUUGCAUUGUAUGCAGAUGCGUUGGAGGUGUUAUGCAAAACUGAUUAGUGUAUGUAAUUUGGGUUAAUUUUUUACUUGGGUAGCAUAGUUCAUCCCCCUGGACAGCAUGGACUGUUUAUUCUUUAGUGUUUUUUUAAUUUUUACGUGACCUCCUUUCAUAAUGAGGUUCUGUUCCCUCCAUACCCACUUGCGAUUUUGCCUUUCAAGUUGUUUGCCUCUGGAAUGAGUUAACAUGCAAAGUGUUUUGAAAAUUACUAACAAUUUUUUUCCUGUUUAAUGAGUACAACACUGGAAGCUAAAAAAAAUCAAAGUGAGGCUCUAGGUGUUUCCUGUGUCUCCAUUUUUCUUUUGUUUCUGUGCUACAACAAUGGGGCUGGUAGUUCACAUUAUUAUCUAGAGUGAGAUUUGACAGGAUCAUAUGGUUGGAAAUCUCCGGUAAGUAUGACGGGAAGUAUGGAUUGGUCGAGUUAAUGGAACAGGUUUGGGUUCUUCUCACCAUGGGUGAACACGCCAAUAUCUUUUUUAAAAUUUUUUUAUUUUUAUAUUCCCCAAACAAUUGCAACCCCUUUAUUUUGACCCCAAUCCCUCCCUCCCCGCCCCCCUCCCCUCAUAAAGUGUC